AUGUCCUGCCCACCAUCCGCUCACUCUAGGACCUUGCUUCAGACAUCGGGCGGGCGGGAACUGGGUGGGCGCAGAGCGCGCGGACAGGGUCGCUUGGAGCGGAAGGACGGGGGCGGCGAGCGCGGCUCGGUGGAAUCGGCCCGGCCAAGGAGAGGCGGUAACUCCGAGGACCAAAAUAGGGUUUUCCGGGUUUGGGGAAGCCGCGGCGAGCCCCAUCUUCCGGCGUCGCCGCCCCGGAUGCUAUCUCCUCCUCCUUUGUCGCCGCCGCCUCCUCCUCCUCUGUCGCCGCCGCCUCCUCCUCCUCCCCGGGCCGGGCUCCGGUGCCUGGUCCCUUCUGACGCCGCUCCUGCCGCCGCCGCCGCCGCCGCCGCUGGGUUCCUCCUCCUGCACCAUGUGUCCGGCCGAGUGAUGCGGCAGUACACAGUGGUACGCAGCCGCAGGACCUCAGCUGAAUACACAGCUAGAAGGUUGGCUGUCACAGGUGUGGAUAGACGCAGGACACCUCUGUGUGACGUCCCUAUUAAUCAGAAGAUUUCUGGAGGAUUGAAGAUGAACGCAGUAUUGACAUACAUUGCUGUCAUACUGUUAAAGCCACAGCAAGCAAUAAGGAUGGGUUUGCUAUUGUGCUGUGCUGCUUGGAACUCGGAAUGA